AUGGCCGACUUCACCGCCAUCGCUCAGCAGUUCGUCCAGUUCUACUACGAGACCUUCGACACCAACCGCGGGGGUCUGGCUGGUCUCUACCGCGACCAGUCCAUGCUCACCUUUGAGACCAGCUCGGUCCAGGGUCCCGGAGCCAUCACCGAGAAGUUGACCAGCCUGCCCUUCCAGCAAGUGCGUCACCAGAUCGCGACCUUCGACGCCCAACCCUCCAGCGAAGGCGGCAUUGUUGUCCUGGUGACUGGUGCCCUCCUGGUCGACGAGGAGCAGAAGCCCAUGAACUACACCCAGUGCUUCAAGCUGCAGCCCGACGGCGCCGGAAGCUACUUCGUGCUCAACGACGUCUUCCGACUGAUCUACGCUGCCUCGUAA